AUGUUGGGUUUGAUUGAAACAAAAAAAGAAGUGAUUACUAAAUAUGAGGUUGCAAGGCUUUGGGGAUCUAGUACUGCUGGUUGGGAGUUUGUGGAAUCUGUAGGAAUGGCGGGGGGUCUGGUAUUAAUUUGGGAUGACGGAGUGUUUCAAGUAAUUCAAAGGUAUAAAGGUGAGAGGUGGCUGUGUGUUGAAGGUGUUUUAACAAGGACCAACUUCCGAUGUGCUUUCUGUUUGGUGUACGGGGCGCAUGGGAGGGAGGCAAAGAGGGGGGUGUGGGAGGAACUGAGUUAUGUGGUGGGGUUGUGUCAGAUUCCUUUCUGUUUUCUAGGAGACUUUAAUGAAAUUUUACAAGUUGAGGAUCGUAAAGGAGUUACUAGCUUGCUGGCGUCAUCGAAAGAGUUUAAGGAAUGGGUGCAUGACAUGCAGUUGAUAGAUUUGCCUCUUACUGAUAGGAAGUACACAUGGUUUAGGGGACUAACAAGAUUAACGGGGCCCCCUAGACCAUUCAGAAGUUUGGACGCCUGGUUUACGCAUGAGGGAUUUCUGAGAAUGGUGAAGGAUGAGUGGCGAAACCUCGGAGAAGCGCAGUUCCCGUGCAAGCUGAAGGCUCUAUCAAUACAACUGCGGCAAUGGCACAAGGUUAACUUUCGGGACAUGGAUAAGAGACUCAUGAGGUUUGAGGAGGAGCUCACCAAGCUGGACAAUUUAGUCAGUGAUGGAGUUUAUGAUGGUACAACGGAGGCUAGAAGGAAGGCGCUUGUGAGCUUUUGUUCGAAAUAG